AAACAACAAUGUGCAGGUUACAUGGCCUCCAGCCAGGCCCCAACACAUGCAUUUGUACGUUCUAUUCCGCAGCAAUUUGGGGCCAGCUCACCUUUGCUUGACGCACAAGGUUGGGCACAGUGUCCAUGGCGCAGACAAAGACAUGGCAGCGUGUGGGCCUUUUGCUGGGCAUUCUAACUUCGCUAUUGUUCUUCACUGGCCUAGCGGCUUGCCGGCAACGGCUCGCCUAAUUCUUUCUACAUGCUUCAGCUGCAGCAGGUGCGUCCACAUGUUGACGGGCAUGUUUUUGGGGAGCGUCCCUGGCGCAACCUCUAUGCCGUGCACCAUCACGCAGAAGAACCUCACCACCGAGACCUGCUGUGACUAUGAGGUGCCUUGCGUGGAACAGCCUUGCCCUCACAAACUCUGCUAUCCAAGCCUCGGCUUCGAAGAGGAUGGUCCCUGCAGCUGCCCUGCAACCUCCACAUGGGUGCCCUGCUAUAUUUGCGACCUCCGAACCUCCUUCGAGCAGAACAUCACCGUUUCAGAUCGAACAUUCCACGCCGGCUGGGUGGUUGAGGUUGCGAGACACAUGGCGACGGCCAAGGACAUAUGUGACAACGCGCCCGGUGUCACGGGCACAGGCAUCACAUGCUACAGCGAAGGGGCGCGUGAGUGGGAGUCCAACCUCAGGGUGCGCUUUAGUCCUUUGAGUGCCAUGGGUAUCGCGGGUGCGGCUCUCUUGGGCGUGGGUUUCCUUUGCACGUCCUUGUGCUGCUUGCCAUUUUGGUGGACGCGUUGCAAGUCAGAGACUGUGCAACGCGCGCCUCUGCCGUAGCUGACCACUGUCUACCUGUGUUUGUGUUCAGCGCGCAGGUGGCACAGCUGUGAUUUGGUUGGUGCGCUGCCGGGAAGUGUUCCAUGCGCGCAGGAAGAUUGCGUGAAGCUUGAAAUUGCUUCGCGAAUUUUAAAGAAAAGCCCCUGGCUCAGUGGAAACA